UUUAGACUUUGGGAAUGAGAACAUAUUUGCAAAGUGAGGACUGUUUUAGGGUUAAGGUUAGAAGUAUAGAUAGUUCUGUUUACGGUAACGGUUGGGGUUAAAGAUUUAGCUGUAAUGAUUUCAGGUUAGGGGCCAGGGAGUGCAUUAUGUGAAUGAGGGUCCUCACGAGUCUAGAAGUACAAACGUGUGGUUGUGCUUGUGAAAGAGAGAGGGUAGACAGUGUCAAGUGUAGGUCUCUCCCUCACUGAAACCUUCCUGAUCACAUGGUGUAUAGACUAUUAGUUUUAGCUAGAUGUAGCUAAUAAAUUGGCAACUGAGUGUUAUUCUGAAAUAAAUCAAUUCAGCCUGGGGAAAUCUUCUUCAAUAGUGUUCAUUUGAGUAACAGCAACCAUGGCUUCAUUCUCUAAUGUUAAUCUCUUUCAUUUGGGGUCCUUGACAUGAAAACCUUUGGGAACCCCUUGAUUAGCAUGCUAUCUAUCUUCUAGGACCCAGAGGACUGAAAGUGUGAAAUCAAUUGAAUGCAAGCAAGUAAAACAAUGUUUGUUCUCUCAUUUUUCAUUGAAGUGGAGAACAAAUUCUGCCAUUUAUGUUGACAUAAUAAAGUGGACUUUAUUUCACAUAUUCUGGAGGAUGCUUAUUACAGUUACUAUUUCAGUGAGUAAAGUUAGUCACUUGCCAACUCUCCAGGUCUCACAGAGCUGUGCUUUGUGGUAAUAGGUUGGAUUGGGAUGACAGAUAAUAGUGUGAAGCCCUGAAUCGCAGGAAAUUAAAAUUUGAUUGGCACCUAUCCUCGAUUAAAAUGUAAUUUCCAUCUCUGGAAGGUGUUAAUAAAGAAUUCCACCUGUGAUGUCCCCUGAGAAAAAGAGCUUCAACAACCAUUUAACCCUAAAUGUCAUCCCUGGAAAAAAAGAAAAAAAAAGGCAAAUUAUUUAACUUGAAUUACAAUAUAAUAUUAUAGUAUCAACCCAAAACUACUUCCAAUAAUUGAUGUUUCAUCUCUUUGUCUAUUAAUGUAUAUUCAUAGAGUUUGCAGAGAUGGAUGCUGAUACUCCACCACCAAAGAAAUUCCUCCUAAGGUCCUCUGGGCAUAAACUAAAUCCCAGUAGCAGCUACAGCCCACUCGACCUUUUCAAGCUGUUUUUUACACUAAAGCCACUAAAGCUUGCGCAAUAACACCAACAAACAGGCAAGGAAGAACUACUCUAAAGGAUGAAAAGGUACCAAAGAUAGAAAACAAUCUUCUCUGUGGGAUUGCCUGCUACUUCGAUGAUCAACGACAAGUUUCAGGCGAUGUCCUGGAACCUUCAAACGAGUGAUCCCAAUUAGGACACAGAAAAUUACAGAAAGUGAGGCACACCGGCCGACGACCAAGAUCAAGACCCGUUUUCACCCAGGACAAAACAUCAGCUUCGAGGAGCGGAUGGUUGCAAGCGAGGCCCAGAAAAGAUACAGGCAGUACAUGAAAGGAAAACCAACCAGAUGAGGCUUCAAGCCUAUUGUGUUGGCAGACAGUGGCAGUGGUUACACUGUUGACUUCAGUGUUUAUAGACGGCUUUACCUUCAGCAGUUGGAUUGCCUUAUGACUCAGUAAUGUCCCUGGUAAAGCCUGGAUAUCUGGAAACUGGCUCAUGUGGGCCUAUUUGUUGACAACUUCUACACAAACCCAAGACUUUUCGAAGACCUUUUUGCCAUGAACAUUGAGGCUUCUGGAAGUUACAGGAAGAACAGGAAGGACUGCCGUCGCUCAGCAUCCAAUGCCCUCAAAAAAAAAAAAAGUAUAUCCCUGAGGCACCAUCAGAUGGCAACUUGAUGGCCCACUUGUGUUUGUGAAGUGGAUGGACACAUGUGAGGUUGCUGUCUGCUCCACAGUGCAUGUGGCACACUCUGGUGACACGGUGCAAAGGAAGGUCAAGAGCCAGGCUGGCUGGUCCACUGUGGCUGUCCCAUGCCCCACAACUGUGUCAGAUGAUAACAAACACAUGGGAGAUGUGGAUUCAUCAGACCAGCUGAUUCAGUACCACCAUGAGACCCUGAGGUGGUAUCAAACAGCUAUCUCCUCCAUAAGGAACCUGCCAGAGAGAGGAAUGAACAGCCCAUGACCCACCUGGCCUUCUUGGAGGAGCUCACAGCCCAGCUAUGUGGGCUCUGGUGAUCCCACCAAAACGGGCUUCCAACUACCACAAUCCUGUCCCCAUCAGUUUCCAGACCGAUCCAAGGAAUAAAGCGUCCAGCAGGCCCCACAAUGGAAGUGUAAGGUGUGUAAUGUGGCCCUCUGUGUUAUUUUGGACACAAACUGUUUUGGUGUGUGGCUCAAGUAAAAUUUACACCCAAGUAUGUCCAAGUAUGGACAGUUGGGAUAAAAAUAUAAAUAGUUCUGUUUUUCUGUGUAAUAGAUACUUUAUUUUAUUUUUUCAACUUUUUUUUGGUUUUGUUUAUUUUUUAUCUGAGGACUUGGGCUACAAAUGUGAAGCCAGUAAACAUUUGCAUAUAUUGUUUGUGGUGGAAAAUGAAUAAAAUGUUGAAAAAUUCAAAUUCUGUUCUUUUUGGUCUUAUGACUAUUUAUAAUGCAUACACAUUUUUAAAUAUUAAGAGGUCUGAGGCAACAGUAAUAGGAAAAAAACAACCAAGACCCCAGAAGGUUAAACUGACAUGACUGCUGAAACAUUUCAGAGUUCACAACAUGUUGCAGCUGUUGGUACGAAAAAGGUGUUUGUAACAAUAGUGAUAAAUGGCAUCCUUGUUCCAAAACAGGUAAUACCUCCAUACAUUUAACAGUCUGACUCAUCUCAAAUACUAGAUGAUUACUGCACCUAUAAGUCAAGUACUCUUUAUGCUGAAAAGGUCAUCAUAAUUAGUAAAUACUAGCAAAUACUAUGCUACACUUCAUUGCACUGACGGUGUUACAAACUUGAAUUUGGUCACAAAAGUUUUUCCUAUUGAGAUUUCAAAUUUGUGUAACAUUAAUGAUAAAACUGCUUUACAAAUCCUUAAAUAUUUUCAAUGUCCUCCAGUUCAUGGACAUCUUCAUUACCUUCACAAUCAGCCCUCUGUUCCCCUCAAGUAGUCCUAUACUAAUGAAUUUUGUCCUGGAUUACCCUUUGCAGAAGCUCACUUGAUGAAUCACACGGUCUCACUAUUUUUUUGUGGUAGCUCUGGCACCAAGACUCACAAUUUUUAAAUUAGUUUUAGUUUUAUGAAUAUUUAAGAUGUGUACUGCUGGGGAAAGAGCAUGGUUUGUCCUUUAAUUGCUCAAUUUCUGUUCUGUUCCCUAAUGUUGGUUUCUGGGUGUGUUUGUCUCAAAAGCAGUCUCAUUAUGAAGAACCUCACAGCUGGAAAUUUAACAUCCAGCAUUAAAAAAUAUUCUUUUUUUUUGGCCAAAGUCAGCUGUUCCACUCAGUUGAGAUGCUGGUUAAAGGAUACAUUUAGGAUAACAUGAGUGAAAACAUAGGAGAUCAUAAAAUGUGACAGGAUCACUAUAAAUUGACUAAAUAAAACCACAUUAUAAGUCCCACAAGGAGAAUUAUAGUGAUUCAAUGUCAGAUAAAAAACAUAAAACAGGGCAAGGUCGUUAUAAAUCUACUAUUUAUUACCAGAGAGAGUUCCCAAGAGGACUAUCAUAGGAGAUUACAAUGAUUGUUCAUUGGGGGUACUGAGUGAGAUUGAAAUGACAGACAAGCCAUCUUUUUUUUUUUCCCUACUGGAGGUGACUCACUUACAUGAACAUGUACUGUAUGCUGUGUGAGAGAGAGAGAAAGAGCAUACCUCUCUAUUCUGAAGCAGAGCGGGCUGCAGUGAGCAGGCAAAGCUGCACAACAGUGGGACUCCCUACAGACAGAGGACACAAACAGGCGUUGGACUGUCCAAGUCAUUUUUAAAAAAAUGUCUGACUGAGGUCUCUCAGAGGUAUUCUUUCUUUUAAUUUCUACUUUUUUGAAAAAGGCAUGCACUCUGAUAACUGUCAAAUUUGCAUUAGAUUAUUUCUUAAAUGGUUGUUGAAUAACAAGAUUGAGAUGUAUUUUGUGUAUUAAGAAAAACUGCUUAAGAUUUAUAAAAAAGCAAACAACUGUGUGUGAAUGAUGUGCAAAUUAAUCACCGAUCAGUUCACGUCAAUGAGGCAAUGAGCUGAUUCAGCAUGAGAUGAGUACCUAUUCCUAUUUUCUGAUCAUCUGUAUUGGACAUGAAAAUUCAGCUAAUUUAGUAAGAUAAAUACAGUAACAUUAUGAUAAAUGCUGUGGUCAGUGGGUUUAGCUCAUCUUAAGUAGGUCAUUAAUAAGCACCUAUUCAUGCUCUACAGUAGGCCAGCAAAGGUUUUCAUUUACAGAUUUCCCAUUCCUUAUAGAACUAUUUGGGAUUUGGCUAAUCUGACAGGAUUUGUUUUGUAAUAUGGAAAGAGCUAAGGGAGAAAGAAGAAGACGGAUGAUUGAGCAGAUGAGAGGCAGAGAGAAAUAAAAGGUGAUAAGUGUUGAGUGAAGAGGAGAGGAGGAGAAGAUGUUGUGAAGAUGAGACAGAUGAAAGUAAAUGGAUGUGUCAUUGUUGAGGGGGACUUGCAAGCUUACAGCUUUUUAAUGAGACUGAAGACUGUUUUGAAGAUGGUCCAUAAUUAGUCUGUCCAAAUGUGACUCAUCUCUUCAAUUUCUCUAUCUUAUCAUGCUGUUAAUAUCACUUUGGGUUCAAUCAAAAUGUUUUUCAAUAAAUUAUAAAAUUGCAGGCAAUUAUGAUAUUAAAUGAGAUAAAUAUGAUCAUAUAUGCAAAAUAUGCAGCAGGUUAUUUGGAAUGAUCUCAUAAUAAAUUGUUUGUUAUUCAUUCUGGGUUCUGCAGCUAUGGACUGGGAGAAGUCAUUGAACCGAACCGAGGUGAACUCUUCCUCUCCAGCCUCUUCUUCAUCUACAUCCAUGUCUGACUCUUCAUCCACCUUCUCUUCUUCCUGCUGCAACUCCUCUCACCCCCUCUUCUCGACCUCUCCGUUCCCAGCCCCUUCCUUUUCUGGCCUGGACCUCCUGUCCGACCUGAAGCUCGUCUUCAUCCCUCUCUACUCGGCCGUGGUCCUGGUCGCCUGCUCCGGCAACCUCCUCCUGCUCUUCCUCAUCUGGCACAACAAGAAAAGACACAACACUACAAACUUCCUCAUCAGCAACCUGGCACUCGUCGACCUGGUCAUGUGCAUCUUCUGCGUCCCUUUGACUGCAUCCUACGCUUUUGACCAGCGUGGAUGGGUAUUUGGUUCCCACAUGUGUCAUUUCGUCACUGUUAUGCAGUCUGCAGCUGUCUAUGCAGCCGCACUGUCCCUCAUGGCCAUCGCAGUGGAUCGUUACAUGGUUGUGGCUUAUCCUAUCCGCAAAAGAGCAGGGUGCCAUUUCUGCUGGGGUCUGGUGGCUCUGAUCUGGCUGUCCUCUCUGGCUUUAUCCACACCUACCGCAAUACACACCGUCUACCUGGACCUGCAGGCUGCAGGGCUGCAGAUGGCCGUGUGUGAGGAGUUCUGGGAUGGCCAGGAGCGAGGCCGCCUCAUCUACUCCUGCUUCAUUCUCUUCUUCUCCUACUUUGUCCCACUUGCUGCUGUCUCCAUUUCCUACUGUGCUAUAUCCAAUCAGCUGAAGCAGAGGACCACGUCAGGCUUGACGGCGUGUCCAGAGUUGAGAUCUGCAAGGGCUGCAUGGAGCAGACGGAGGAGGAAGACGUUCUGCCUGCUGCUGGUGUCUGUCCUCUGUUUCGCCUUCUCAUGGCUCCCCUUGCAGGUGGUGAAUCUGAUCCGUGACCUGGACACAGACUUCUCCAUCUUAGGGAAGAAUUAUGUGAACACCAUCCAGGUGUCGAGUCACCUGUUCGCCAUGAGCUCCGCCUGCUACAACCCUUUUAUUUAUGCCUCAUUGCACAACAAGUUCUUGUCCUACCUGUGUCACCACUUCCUGUCCCGGAGGAGAGGAAAAGGAAAGGAUAGGGGUCAAGGGUCAAGCAUCCUGACAAUGUCACACAGAGUGCCACGCCUUCACACCUCCACCAUUGUGGCAGAUUUACCAGGUGCUGUUGUAAACAACAUUGUUUGUCAAGACAACUACGCUUGAAUUGUUGUUUCAGUUGAAUAGGCACACAAAUGUUAUCCCCUGGUGUUUUAUUCAGCUUAGUUGGAUAAAAAUCUCUCGCUUCAGAAAUGACACAGGGUAUCUUCUUCACUCCUAAUUUAAUAUGAAUCUUGUCAGCCUUCAUACUGACAGACAAACUGAGUGAAACGUAAGUUCAUUGAAAGCAUGCUGAAAUUUGAAAAGAGGUUGUAAGCCUUUCAUACAACAGCCACAGUGUGUACAGCUGGUCAUGGUCACAAACAAAAAUACACAGCAGUUCUGUCUCUUUGACUGAAUUUAUACAGGUGUAAAAACAUCAGCCUGCUUUGAUUAAAAGGAUUUAUGUGUGUAAUUAUUUAUACUCUUAACAAAUGCAUGGAUGCGUAUGUACUGAAAGUCUAUUUAGCAAUGAAAAAUAUGCUAUUGUGAGCUUAAAAAUAUACUGAUUUAAAUAUAGUGAUUUUGCUCAUCUUUGUAAAAAAAUACACAAUCAAUUUGAUAGUUUUUCAUCUAAUGGUUGUACAUAUUCAUAUUCUUGUGCAUUUCUAAGACUUUCAACUUUAUGGCAUGUUUAUGUAUAUAACAAUGUGCUGUUCUAAUCUAAAUGUGUACAUUCCUGUCCACUUUAACUGAUAGUGUAUUAGGGUGAUUGUACGAUGUGUAUUACAUGUGUAAUAUUAGAUUUUGUUGAAUGUCACUCAAUAAACAGGUUUAUUUAAAUCAUCUUUCCCUCUCCAUUUAAUGUUGUUUUAGGGAUAAAAUAGGAACAUGAAGAGUAUGUGUGAUAAUGAAUGAAUAAUAUAUUUCUGUCAUUCAGUUUGGUCUUGAGCCUCUGAAGGCUUUUCACACUUUCUGCUGCAGAUGUGACAUUUGGUGAACACAACGCAGUAUGCAAAAUCUGUGUUUAAAUGUCAA